AUGGCCAAGAAAUAUGAGGGAGUUGCUAUCGGAAUUGACCUUGGCACUACUUACUCGUGUGUUGGAGUGUGGCAGGAGCUUAACGAUCGAGUGGAAAUCAUACACAAUGAUCAAGGAAACAAAACCACUCCUUCUUGUGUUGCUUUCACUCAUUCUCAAAGAUUGAUCGGUGAUGCUGCUAAAAAUCAAGCUUCUUCCAACCCAACCAACACUGUCUUUGAUGCAAAGCGGUUGAUCGGAAGGAAAUAUAGCGAUUCUGUCGUUCAAAAUGAUAUUAUAUUGUGGCCCUUUAAAGUCAUUGCCGGGAAUAACGACAAGCCAAUGAUCCUUGUGAGCUACAAGGGUAAGGAAAAACACCUUGUUGCUGAGGAAAUAUCAGCCAUGAUUCUCACACACAUGAGAGAGAUUGCGGAAGCUUUUUUGGAAUCACCGGUUAAAAAUGCAGUGAUUACGGUACCUGCUUAUUUUAAUGAUUCGCAGCGAAGAGCCACCAAAGAUGCGGGUGAUAUUGCUGGUCUUAAUGUGAUGCGGAUAAUCAAUGAGCCAACUGCAGCGGCUCUUGCAUAUGGACUUCAAAAGAGAGCUAAUUUUGCUGAAGAGAGAACUAUUUUCAUCUUUGAUCUUGGUGGUGGCACUUUUGAUGUGUCUCUCCUUACUAUUAAGAAUAAUUCCUUUGAAGGCAAGGCGACUGCCGGUGACACUCACCUCGGAGGAGAGGACUUUGAUAAUCGAAUGGUGAAUCACUUUGUGAAGGAGUUUAAGAGGAAGAACAAAGUUGACAUUAGUGGGAACUCAAAAGCCUUGAGGAGAUUGAGAACUGCGUACGAGAGGGCAAAAAGGACACUUUCAUACGAUACUGAUGCAACAAUUGACAUAGAUGCCUUAAAUGAGGGUAUUGACUUCCAUUCCUUACUCACUCGGGCAAAGUUUGAGCAACUCAAUAAUGAUCUCUUUGAAAAAUGUAUGAAGACUGUUGAGAGUUGUCUUACUGAUGCUAAGAUCAACAAGAGUAGUGUAGAUGACGUUGUCCUUGUUGGCGGCUCUUCUAGGAUUCCCAGAGUGAAGAAACUAUUGCAGGACUUUUUCAAGGGGAAAGAAUUAUGCAAGAGUAUCAACCCUGACGAGGCUGUUGCUUAUGGUGCUGCUGUCCAAGCUGCUUUGUUGGGUGGAGGCAUCAAGACUGUUCCAAACUUGACACUGCAAGAUGUUAUACCUUUGUCCCUUGGUACUAAAGUACAACAAGAUAUCAUGGAUAUCUUGAUUUCACGGAACACUUCCAUUCCUGUCAAGAAAACUGAAUGGUAUGUUACCUGUAAAGAUAACCAAACUGGAGUCUCUAUUAAUGUUUAUGAAGGUGAGAGAAUGAUAGCCAGUGAGAACAAUUUACUGGGUUUCUUUAGACUCUCAAUUCCUCCUGCUCCUGAUUCCACCCCUACUCCUGAAGGCCAUAUUUUUAUCAAAGUACACUUUGCUAUAGAUGGUGAUGGUAUAUUAAAUGUCUCUGCAGAGGAACAAACAAGUGGUAAUAAGAAAGAUAUUACAAUAACCAAUGAAAAUGGAAGACUGUCAAGGGAAGAAAUUCAGAGAAUGAUUCAAGAGGCUGAAUUUUUCAAGGCUCAAGACAUGAAGUUCAAAAAGAAAGCUAAAUCAAUAAAUGCUUUGGACGAUUAUCUCUACACCGUGAGGAAAGUAAUGAAGGAUGAUUGUGUAAGUUCCAAGCUAACACCUGUUGACAAAGUGAAGAUCAAUUCUGCAAUGAUUAAGGGAAAAACUUUGAUUGAUGGCAACCACGAGGAAGAUACGUCUGUGUUUGUAGACCUUCUGAAGGAACUUGAGAGCGUUUUUGAAUCUGCUAUGAACAAGAUCAACAAAGGUUACUCAGACGAGGAAAGUGAUUAG